ACAACUGUAUCGUUAUCACUCUCUUCCACACAAUCAGAUUUUCCUGCAACUUGCACUUCUCCAUUGUGCCUUUAAAAACCCCCUCCACCCCCCACCGUCCUUCCCAUAUUCACUUUCACUUCACUCUCCGCCAUGGCUUCUUCCGCCAAGCUCCGUGCUACCAUUCUCGUCCUCUAUCUCCUUGCCUGCUCCGCCUUCACGGAAGCUUGCGGGUCAUGCAAGCCCAAACCCAAGCCCAAGCCCUGCCCGACUCCGGCGCAGGCUAAGUGCCCGCUGGACACACUGAAGCUAGGAGUAUGUGCUGAUAUUCUGGGCCUUGUAAACGUCGUCGUUGGGUCUCCUUCUACCAGCAAGUGUUGCCCGUUGCUGGUAGGGUUGGCAGAUUUAGAGGCAGCUCUCUGUCUCUGCACUGCGAUUAAGGCCAACGUGCUUGGAAUCAACUUAAACGUACCUCUCAGCCUCAGCUUGAUCCUUAGCUCUUGUCAAAAAUCUGUUCCUCCUGGUUUUCAAUGUCCUUAGAGUGAGGCUCGGAUCAGAUCCAUCUCUUUGGUUGUUAAAUCUAUCUUCCAACAUGCUUAUUAUUUGGCUUCUUCUUCUUCUUUGUGUCUGGUUUGGCUUUCAUAUACUUGUUAUUGCUGUGGGUGGUGAUACUGUGAUAGUGACGAUUAACAAGUUAAGUUUGCCUGUUUUGAGUCUUUAAUUUCGUUCUUGUGAUAUUGUUCUGUGCUUGAUUAAUAACAAGGCGAGCCCUCUUUGCUUUUUAUUACUGUAAGUUGUAACCCUUGCUCGUUUUCUAGCAAUAUGAUUAUUGUGAUAUACUUUUAAUUUUAUAUCAAUAUCAACGGUGGGUUGAGAA